AUGAAUCACCAAGAUGUCUGGAGCAGCAGCAUUGGCCCUGUGAGAGCGGAGGACUGGGAGAUGCUCCCACAGUCUGCCAUCCCAUGUGAUCCAGCAGGGAAGCCCCAGGUUUCUGUCCAGGCCAUGCUCAUGGAUGUAAGAGUGCAGCCUGGGGAUGUAGGAGCUUCUGAUGAGCCAAACACGUGGUGUGCGGUGUCCAGAUCUCUCCUGAAGCGUGCUGGAGUUUCUCAUUUAUCUGUUGAUGCUUCUUCCGUUUCAGUAGAGCAUAAGGAUUUCUCAAUCACUGGAUGUUCUGAAACAGAGAAAGAGUCUAUGACUGGAUCUAACGGAGAGGAGGCGUGGCAUGCUGACUUUAAUAAGAAGACAGGAGUAGUUACAUUACCUGAUUUCGCAGAUCCUAUGAGCUUUCCAGGAUAUUAUGAAGAAAGUGUUGCAGAGCAAGAAGUAUGCAAACAAAACAUGGCUGUACUCAUUAAAGCUUACGAGAGUCCACCAGAGGAAAUGGACCCUCCUGAGACGUUCAUCUAUUCGAGGAACGAUGUGCAGCUGGCUGUUGAAAACACACUCAUCUGUCACGUGACAGGCUUCUUUCCUCCACCUGUCAGCGUCUCAUGGGCUAAGAACAAUGUGAUUGUGACAGAAGACGUGAGUCUGAGUCAGUACCGGACGAGGAGCGACGGAUCCUUCCUCGUGUUCUCCUCCCUGAAGAUCACUCCUGAAGAUGGAGACGUUUACAGCUGCACAGUGAAUCACCGAGCGCUCCUGGGCCAACCGCAGACCAGAAUAUGGAGCAUCCCGGAGGCGGCUGCUGUCCUGCCCAGCCUGGGUCCGGCGCUCUUCUGUGGAGUGGGAUUGACUCUGGGGCUGCUGGGAGUCACUACUGGACUCUUCUUCCUCAUUAAAGCAACUACGACCGACAUGCCAGACAUGGCCAAAAACAUCAAACAUUUAAUGCAGUGGACCCAAUCAAAGACAGUUUCUCCAGGAUUCUGAAGACAGUACAU